GCUUCAACAUAUUUCAUUCACAAACAUCUCAAGGAGUAUUCAGUGGAGGAACUAAACAGAAAAACUCAAAUAGCAAGAUGGGUCUGAAGGGGAAGCAAGCAAUCCAAAUUCUUGCAGUGCUUGUGCUAAUUUCAUUGGGAAUGGCUGAUAAUGCCAUCAACAAAAUCAAAACUGGGCAGUGCCUUGGUUUAUGUGGAGACGACAUUGUUUCCUGCAUGAUUGAUUGCUACAUUAAGGACAUGCAGCACUUCUUGAAUUGUGCAAUGAAAUGUGAAAACAAGAAUAACCUGUGCAUGGGAUCAUGCACCAAUAUCGAGAUUCCUUCGCCUACUCAUGGGGUGACACCGCCAUCUCACAAGGUACCACCAUCUCACCGGGUACCACCACAUCAUCGGGUGCCACCAUCGGCACCGCCAUCUCACAAGGUACCACCAUCAACCUGAUACGCAUCUUAAAUAUGAUGCAAUCUCACCCUAACGUAUAUGGGGAAAAAUAAUUCCAGCAUGUUAUUAUUAAGAAAAUAAUUACAGGUCAAUUUGAAUUAUAAUUGACGUUGUUGUUGAACUCAACGCCAAUGUUACUUGUUCUUCUCCAAGGAAAUGAUGUUAUACUACUACUUGAUUUGAAUAAAUAAAUAUUUUAUAUAGCAAA